UCCAAACCUUCACUAUCCUUUGCCUGAUACUGGGUUAGCCUUUGCCUUCUCUCUUUGUUUUCAUCAUCAUCAAGCCACAGAGAGAAACAGGCAGCAAUGGGAGUUUCUUUCUUGACAACUGUCGCGCCUUCUCUGGUCCAUCUCACAUCUUUAAGCUCCACCAGUAAUGCUGCUUCAUCUAGAUCUCUUCCAGGUACUACUACUGCAGCAAUUCGGUGUAGUAAAAUUGAGACGGAUGGAGUUGGUGGUGGAGAGGGCAUUUUCCAUACCCAGAGAAGAAAUGUUUUAACAUGCUUUGGUGCUACUAUUGCCCUGGAACUCGUGGGAAGCUCAGGAUCCCUUGUGGAAAUGGCUACCGCAGCUGAUCUCAUCCAACGCAAACAACGAUCCGAGUUCCAGUCCACUGUAAAGAGUACACUCUUCACUGCAAUAAAGGCAAAGCCUGAAAUCAUUCCAUCAUUGCUGACUUUGGCCCUCAACGAUGCCAUGACGUAUGACAAGGCUACCAAAACUGGAGGACCAAACGGAUCAGUACGAUUCAGUUCAGAGAUAAACAGACCUGAAAACAAGGGACUGUCUGCAGCCUUAGACGUACUAGAAGAAGCAAAGAAGGAGAUUGAUUCAACCUCCAAGGGCGGACCUAUCUCCUAUGCAGACCUUGUCCAGUUUGCAGCACAAAGCGCUCUCAAGGCUACGUUCUUAGCAUCAGCAAUCCGCAAGUGUGGUGGAAACGAAGAGAAAGGGUCGCUGUUGUACUCUGCAUAUGGCUCAAAUGGGCAGUGGGGGUUAUUCGAUAAGCAGAUGGGCAGGGCAGAUGCAACAGAACCCGAUCCUGAAGGCAGGGUUCCUCAAUGGGAUAAAGCCACUGUGCAGGAGAUGAAAGACAAGUUCUCAGCAGUCGGACUAGGUCCUCGCCAGCUUGCGGUCAUGUCUGCAUUCCUGGGGCCAGAUCAAGCUGCCACUGAGGCUAUGCUGGCUGCAGACCCUGAUGUGGCACCGUGGGUCCAGAAGUACCAGCGCAGUCGAGAGACUGUGUCCGAGACAGAUUACGAGGUGGAUCUCAUUACAACCCUAACCAAAUUAAGCAGUCUGGGUCAAACGAUCAACUACGAGGCCUACUCCUACGCUCUGCCGAGAAUUGAUAUCACCAAACUCAAACUCUAGCUCGGGAAAACAACUUAUUCCAACCAGGCAGGAACAGCAUUCAACAGCAGAGAGUUAAGAUUGUUGGCUAACCGUCAGUUUUGGAGCUGAGAUAUCAUCACUUGUCAGCUCCACAAGACUUGAAGAGCUGUUAUUUUCGUCUUGGAUGAUGGAUUUGUAUUGAUAAAUUUGGUAAUUGGGAUACAUGACUUAAUGUUGAGACGAUGAAUUUAAGAGACUGAAAGCCAACAUGGAUUAUACAAAGUGUCUUGCUGAAAUCCACCGUUCAAUUUUACUCAUUUGCAAGUGUAACCAACUUCAAACAAUCCUUUCCAAAACCCAACUAUUUCACAAUCCAUGCAAUAUUCUGAACAAUCCCACCAUCCAGUGCAAACCAACCCUAAUGAUCAAUAUAAAAUUAUAAUGAAA